AUGAAUGAAAUAGGGAUCACUCUUAGCAAUUGCAUGGGCCUGGGAGAAAGGCCAUUCAGCCUACCAUGGUGGGGACAACUGGCGUGGUAUAUGAUCUUCGCCAUCAUGCUACUGCUUGCUGUUGUGGGGAAUACUCUAGUCAUAUGGAUCGUCUUAGCACAUCGUCGAAUGCGGACUGUCACCAACUGCUUCCUGGUUAAUCUCGCAAUGGCAGAUUUACUAAUGGCGACGUUGAACGGUGCACCAAACUUCAUAUUCCUGGUCACAGCAGACUGGCCCUUCGGCGCCAUCACUUGCACAGCGAGUAACUUCACGGCCAACCUCACUGUUUCAGCGGGCGUAUUCACAUUAGUUGCUAUUACAGUUGACAGGUAUGUGGCGAUAGUCAAGCCGCUACAACACAGACUGAGUCGGCGUGUAGCUCGUGGUGCGCUUUUCACCGUAUGGUGUGCUGGUACAUUACUCGCUCUACCCAGUCUACUCUACUCCAACACAUAUAAGAAACAGUAUGUAAAUGGCGAAAGAGAAAUUUGUUUUAUAAAAUGGCCUGACGGCAGCAGCUACCCCUCAUCUAAACCAGAUUACUAUUACAACUUGGUGUUCCUGGCGUUGACGUACGUCGCACCAAUGUCAGUAAUGGUGUGGGCUUAUGCGAGAAUGAGCGCAGCUCUCAGAGGUCGAGCUAUUGGCGAGUGCACACAUCACCAAAUGCAAAUCGUCAGAGCUAAAAGAAAGGAUAUAAGGUUCACUUUUGAAAUUGAAAUUGUUGAAAUCUUGAAAAUAGUAGACGACGAUUUGUGUGGUGAGAAUGUUCGUCCUAGUGGUUAUGGUAUUCGCCUUGUGCUGGCUGCCGUAUCACGCCUACUUCGUGUUGACAUACCAUUAUCAGUCGCUGGCAUCGGCGCCUUUUGCUCAACACAUAUAUCUCUUCUUCUAUUGGUUGGCAAUGGCCAAUUCUAUGUUUAA